AUGAAGAACAUACACUGUCAUGAAGCAAUGGGUAGUUUAAUGUAUGUUCGAUUAGGAACAAGGUCGGACCUAACCUCUCCGAUAGGAAUUGUUAGCCGAUUUUGUAAUAAUCCAGGCAUACUGCACUGGCAAGCAGUCCAAAGGAUCUUCAGAUAUCUAAAAGGAGCAGUGAUGUCCUGGCAGUGUAAGAAACAGGCAACAGUGGCCUUCUCUACAACUGAGGCACAAUGUAUGGCUCUGACCUCAGCAUGUCAGGAUGCUCUAUGGUUUCAAAGGCUACGCAAUGAAAUGUCACCAGAUCCCAAAAAAGACCCUGUCAAACUAUUAUGUGACAAAAAGGCAGAUUGA